AUGUCAACUAUCAAUACAAAUAAUACCGCGAAUCUGAAUUUAGCCGGGAACACGAAGCAACAGUUACAACAGACGCCAAUUGGGCAGUCUGCAUCAACGGCGUCAAACGCCAUCAAUUCAAAAGUUGCUGCAGAGCAACAACAAAAGCCUUCAGCCUUACCACAAUCUACAUCCAAUAGCAGUCAACCAAAUCAUCUGAAACCGUUGAGUGGCAUUCCGAAGCCUUCACACAGUAUUCUCAAGCCAGCAGUGCCUUCUUCAUCGAAAUCCCAUGUCCCAAUUCCCCAAACACAAAACCCGUAUCCAACACAGCACAAUUCGCAUCUUAAUGAUUUUGCACCGCCGCUUCCCUCACACUUAAACUUGAAAUAUCCGCCCGACGUGCCAAAAUCCGUUGGAUAUCACUUAUCAGAUCCCUUUGCAAAUACACUUCACGCCAACAGCAAGAAUAUUCCGCCGUAUCGUCCUCCGCCAUCGGGGCGUGCAAAUCAAAUACGCCUGCCUCCGAGUGCGAUUCAGCAUCAUCAUCCGCCAUUGCCGCCAGUUCCUUCGACAUCGAUACAACACAGAUUAACGCCGCACGGCGAAACAAGUGAAUUAAUUGUUCCGCAACCGCCGCCCGCGACACGACUUACGGCAAAUCAUUUGCAACAGGCACAGCAGCAGCAGCAAAUUCAUCCGUCGCAUCAUAUCACGCACGCCCAAGAAAUGCUCAAGUUUGUGCGAAAAGCAGAUUCAGAUACGUCUUCGGCAACAACUUCCUCAAACAGCGGCAGACUCUCCGUUGAACAACCAACGAAACACAUUCAAACACUUCUCAGCGAAUUGAGACUAUUGAAGGAGGCAAAUCAAAGGUUAAGCGAUGAUAAUCAAGAGCUGCGUGAUUUAUGCUGUUUCCUCGACGACGAUCGACAAAAGGGGAGAAAACUUGCGAGAGAAUGGCAACGAUUUGGUCGUUACACAGCAAGUGUCAUGCGACAAGAAGUUUCCGCAUAUCAGAACAAAUUACGACAACUCGAUGACAAACAACAAGAGUUGAUUCGCGAUAAUUUGGAGCUCAAGGAACUUUGUUUGUAUCUCGACGAAGAACGUACAAACUCAUUGCGAAACGCAACGUGCACAAAUUGUGGCGGAAGCGUGAAUAAUAGUACAGUUCCGUUACGAGAUGACGGCGAUGGAAGCAGCUCAGGCACAAAUGCUGACGAAACUAUUCCGAUGAACAGUCAAUUUGCGCGAACGUUACAGGAUUUAUCAUCCGCCCGCAAUACGUUGAGCGAUCAAACCUUGCACUAUGUUCGUUCUCUCGAGUCGCGCGUUAGAGAAUUGGAACAUCAGCAAAAUCAAGGAAAACUCACGUCGUCGUCGGAUCCCAUUCUCCUCGGAAGGCCUGAAGCUGUAGUGCGUGCUUUACAAGUUCUCGAAGUGCGUGAACAACUGGAACGAGAAAAUAAACCGUUAAACAACAACAACAGCAGCAAAAAUAAUAAUAACAACAAUAAUAAUAAUAACAACAACAACGAUAAUGGCUCUGAUCAGCUAGAUGACAAAGAAAAGGCUCUCCUACGUGAAAUGUGCAAUGUCGUGUGGCGUAAGCUCGAAGAAACGCCCGAAGGACAAAUGAAUCAUGUUUGAUCCGAUAAUGUUUUUCCAGUUUUUUCUUUGAUUUUUUUUUACUUUUCGAUGUUGUAAUGAUAAGUAGUAAUAAUAAUGUAAUAGUUAUUUUAUAUGAAAUAUUUUGUAUGAUAGUCGCAUUCCAAUUUCACAGAACACACACAAAUCAUGUACAAAAACGCUUGAAAAUUUAUUUAUUUUCCAUUUUUUAUAAAUAUUUUAUUAUUUUUUUAUGAUUAAUAUAUAUAUAGGUAUAUUUACACACAUUUUCAACCCAAUACUUGUUGUUUUCACUAAUUUAUAUGUUUAUCUAUU